UCCUCCCUCUUUCUCUAUGUUACUGAACUCUUCGUUCUUAGGCCCAAUGUUCAGGCCCCUUACUGAAGCUCACCAUUCUCUCUCUCUCUCUCUCUCUGAUUCAACAUCGCUAGGGUUCAAGCGAUUCCUCCGAGCAUUAGAAAAGCUUAAGGAUAUAGUGCCAAAACAUAACUGUGGAGAUGCGGAUUUUGCAGCGUGUUAUAUCCCAAAUUUCUGCUGCUUCAAGCACCAGCACAUUGAAAAAUGGGACAAACACAUCAAAUCUGAAGGUUUUUCUUAAUUAUCGAAUCUUGUCAACAAAGCCUGAUGGGGGUGCAGACCAGGAUGGUGAAUGGGGGAAGAAAAUUGGUGGAACUACACCUACUGGUGAUGAUUUGGGUUGGGAUGUUGCCUCGUCAUGGUCGACAGGAUUGACCAAGGAGCAUUUUGACGGAGAGGUGGUUGGUCAUCAGGUGACCGCUCCUGCUGCUGUUGCCAGAGACAAUGUUGUGCCUCAGUUUGCAUCAACAGCUUCUCAAGAAGUGGACCAUUUGAAGCAACUGGAGGAAGAGAACCGCAAGGGCAAAGCCUUUGUUGAUGGAUGGGGUGAGAAAAUGCGGGAAAUGAGUGUAUUGAUGAAGCAAGUGAGGGAACCUGGAGCAAGAGGUGCAUAUCUGAAGGACUCUGAGAAGGCUGAAAUGUAUCGGCUUCACAAGGAGAACCCAGAAGUAUAUACCGUCGAGAAGUUAGCUCGAGAUUACAGAAUUAUGAGGCAGAGGGUGCAUGCGAUUCUGUGGCUGAAAGAACUUGAGGAGGAAGAGGAGAAAAAGCUUGGGCACCCUCUGGAUGACUCUGUUGAGCUCUUGCUAGACACUUGCCCUGAAUUCUUCAAUUCCCAUGACAGAGAAUUUCAUGUUGCUUCUCUUCCCUACAAACCAGAUUUCAAGGUAAUGCCCGAGGGUUGGGAUGGCACCACUAGGGACCCAGAUGAAGUUCAUUACGAGAUAUCAAUGAAAGAAGAUGAGAUGUUAUAUCAGGAAUUCGUCCAAAGGAUGAACUUCAACAAAAUGAAGAUGGCGGGAAAGGUGAAAUGCCACAAGUAUAGCAGGCGUCGUCCUGAUGAGGGCUGGAGUAUCACGGUUGAGAAAAUGGGGCCUCGGGGCAAACGUGGAAAUGGUGGUGGAUGGAAGUUCAUGAGCGUGGCAGAUGGAUCCAGCAGACCUUUGAAUGAAAUGGAGAAAAUGUAUGUGAAGCGAGAGACUCCACGCCGGAGACGCAAGAUUCUCCCGUGAUGUCACAGGAGAGAGAAUUGUCAUCAUCAGUGUUGUUCAGACCAAUUUUUAUUUUAUUUUAUUUGGUUAACAAUUUAACCAGGUUGGAGUUAAUGAGACAUUUUACUAAUCUACAUCUCUUGGUUUUUCUUUUCCCUUGGCAUUA